CUUGUUUUGUUUCCCUUCUGUUCACAUUUGCUCGUGCCUGGACUCCCUGGUCUUCUGACAGACAUGUUCAGGAGCACAGGCCAUGUGGCCUCUCAGUAGCCCUGGCUGAAGGAGAAAAGGGCAUGGUGGUGCGCAUUUUAAUUCCAGCACUUGGGAGGCAGAGGUGACCUGACUUGAUGCCCCUCCAGAAAGUCCGCACACUCGAGGAGACCACCCCUGCUGGCUGCUGCUCACAUGGUUCUGGGCCCCUGGCACUCCGGUGGUGCCCGUGGGCAGGGCACAGGGACAUGGGGCCUGACAUGGAGCUGCCCAGCCACUCAAAGCAGCUCCUGCUACAGCUGAAUCAGCAGAGGACCAAAGGUUUCCUGUGUGAUGUCAUCAUCAUGGUGGAGAACUCCAUCUUCCGGGCCCACAAGAAUGUCCUGGCUGCCAGCAGCAUCUACUUCAAGUCCUUGGUCCUGCAUGACAACCUCAUCAACCUGGAUACUGACAUGGUCAGCUCCACGGUGUUCCAGCAGAUCCUAGACUUCAUCUACACAGGCAAGCUGCUCCCCAGUGACCAGCCAGCCGAGCCCAACUUUAGUACUCUCCUCACUGCCGCCAGCUACCUCCAGCUGCCUGAGUUGGCAGCCCUCUGCCGUCGCAAACUCAAGCGAGCCGGCAAGCCCUUUGGCCCUGGACGGGUGGGGGCUGCUGGCGUGGGGCGCUCACCCCGCAGUCAGCGGCUAUCUACAGCGUCUGUCAUCCAGGCUCGGUAUCCGGGCCUUGUGGAUGGGCACAAGGGACACCAUGCUCCCCAAGAGUUUCCCCAGACCAAAGGGUCAGAUGAUGAGCUUUUUCUUGGCAGCUCCACACAGGAGAGUACACAUGGCCUGAGCCGGGGAGUCUGUCCAGCCAGUGGGGAGGGGGUCUUAGGAGGCUGCAGUAGUAGCACCAAUGGGAGCAGUGGGGGCUGUGAGCAAGAGCUGGGUCUAGACCUGUCCAAGAAGAGUCCGCCUCUGCCUCCCACGACCCCUGGCCCACACCUCACUCCUGAUGACCCAGCCCAGUUGAGUGAUGGCCGGCAUGACUCACCCCCUUCUGCUUCUGUCCCACCGGUUGCCAACAGCGCCUCUUACACCGAGCUAGAGGGCACCCCUGAUGAGCCUAUGGAUUUGGAGGGCACUGAGGACAACCAUCUGAGUCUGCUGGAGGGCCAGGGUGGGCAGCCCCGGAGGAGCCUCCGACAUUCAACCCGCAAAAAGGAACCUGUGACUGGGUCCUCCUUUGAUCGGAGAGAAACCGGGCCCAAGGGCUCCUGUCCUGAGGAAGAGAAUGAGGGGCUGGGAGAUAAGGUUCCCAAUGGCAUUUUGGCCAGUAACAUUGGUGGAGGUGGCCCCAGUGGGCCCUACGGGGAGCCCCCAUAUCCCUGCAAGGAGGAGGAGGAGAAUGGCAAGGAUGGCAGUGAGGACAGUGGGCAGAGUGGCAGUGAGGGGGGCAGUGGUCAUGCUGGUGCCCCCUACGUAUACCCACAAGAAGGCUAUGAGACGGUGUCCUAUGGAGAUAACCUGUAUGUGUGUAUCCCCUGUGCCAAGGGCUUCCCCAGCUCUGAGCAGCUCAAUGCUCACGUGGAGACGCACACAGAGGAGGAGCUGUUCAUCAAGGAGGAGGGGGCUUAUGAGACAGGCAGCGGAGGGGCAGAGGAGGAGGCUGAGGACCUGUCCGCACCCAGUGCAGCCUAUGCUGCUGAGGCCAGGCCCUUCAAGUGUUCCAUCUGUGAGAAGACCUACAAGGACCCAGCUACUCUUCGGCAGCAUGAGAAGACACACUGGCUGACAAGGCCCUUCCCCUGCAACAUCUGUGGCAAGAUGUUCACACAGCGUGGCACUAUGACACGCCACAUGCGGAGCCACCUGGGCCUAAAGCCCUUUGCCUGUGAUGAGUGUGGCAUGCGUUUCACCCGCCAGUACCGCCUCACAGAGCAUAUGCGUGUGCACUCAGGUGAGAAGCCUUAUGAGUGCCAGCUCUGUGGGGGCAAGUUCACCCAGCAGCGUAACCUCAUCAGUCACCUGCGCAUGCACACCUCCCCUUCCUAGAAGCCAAAGACCGGCGGGUGCCCUCUGCGGACUUGCACUUGGGAACCCAUGGAAGGAGAUCCCUGAGGUCCAGUGCCGGCUCUUGGCAGCCCCUCUGGCCCAGUCUCCCCACACCCAGAGCUUUAAUCAGCAGUCUGUAUCAAGGGAAGCCAAGAUGAGAGACGCCGGUGGGUCCAGUCCUGCGCCUGUGGUGCUGGUGACCAUUCUACCUCCCUCUCCCACUUAGCUCAACAGUGGGAGUGUGUCUCCUGGGUCUUACUGGGACCUCGUCCCUUUCUUGCAGGCUGGGCUGGAGGAGGGGGAGGGGGACUUGGCUGUCUGUGGCCAAGGGUGGUGACUGGAGCAAGCCCUCACCCGGCAGGGACCGUGUCUGUGUGCGUGCAUGUGUGCUUGUGUCUGUGCGAUGCAGUGCUGCCCUGGCUCUUAGGAGCAGGUGCUGGGGGCAGUUUCUUCUUCCUCAAGCUGCGAUGGCACUGCUCACUGGCGCUGGGACAGUCAGGGUGACCCCACAGCCUACCUCUCUACAACUAAAGAGCCCCCGUGGGCUGUGUUGCUGUUAUGCCUACUGAGUGUUCUCUCUCCCUCUUCCUUCCUCCCCACACCCCUCGUUUUUUAAACCAAAACAACAAUAUUUCCCUUCUGCCCCUUUGGGGCUGAGCCUGGGUCUGCAACUGAAUGUAAGCGGGGCAGCUGCCCUUCCCUGUAGAUCCCUCAGUACUAGUGCUGUGUGUGGGCACUCAGUAAACCUGCCUCUCUGACACCCUAGAAGCCCUUCUUGCCCAAAGGCUUCCCUGAUUUUGAGCCCACCCUGGGCCACCUCAGGAGAUCUUGCUGUCCCUGUAAUUUCCAGGGACUGUUGUUCUUUGUUAGAGGUACUUUUUUUUUUUUUGAGGGAACUCUCCCACCUUUAUAUCAUUUUUGGGAUGUUGGAACUGAAAGGUAUGGGGUUGAUGGGGGUGGGAGAAGGCUAGACUCUACAGGGGCCAUCGGUACUCUUGUUUGUUUGUGCCUGUGUGCAGGCAUGUGCAUAUCUGCACGUUGUAUGCACGUUAGAUGGCUUCAUUUCCUCCUCAGACAAGGUAGAGACAUUUCUGACCUUUACCUUUUGCUACCUCUUGAAUUCAAGACAGCAGUACACUUGAGGCUUUCCUACAGCAGAAGUAAGCUGGGCUUGGGCUGGCCAGAGCCAUGCUCAUGGGCUCCAGUGCUUUCUGAGGGACAUCUAAGGCUCAGGACAUGGUGAGAGGUAAUGAGCUCUGAGUGUGGAACAGGUGCUGGGCACCUGAGGAACAGAAGCCAAAGGAGGAAGCCGUUUCCUGCUAGGGCCAGGAUGAGGUGGAAGUGAGCCCCCUCCCAUCCUGUCCCCUCCUGAUCCAUGAGGUGUGUGCAGGAGCUUAGUGCAACCCCAGUGGUGAUGUUUGCCCUUCAGAGUAUGCCUCGCCCUGGCCACUCAGGUGAGAAUUGGUCUCCACUCAAGAGCUUAGCAAGUCUGGGGUUCAGCUACCCCUUACCACAGGCUUCUCAGCCAUGGGGCUAGCCAGGGGCAAGGCAGUCACAUUACCUGUGCCUCGGACCCAUGUCCAUGGCCUGCGCAGCCGCAGGUCUGGGCCAGUGAGUCUUCAUUGUCCUCAUUUUACUUCAUGCUUUUUCUUCUUUUACUUACUUUUUUUCCCCCCCCUGAGGUGAGGUUUCACUCUAGCCCAGGCUGACCUGGAAUUCGCUAGGUAGUCUCAGGCUGGCCUCAAACUUAUAGCAGCGAUCCUCCUACCUCUGUCCCCGAGUGCUGGGAUUAAAAGGUGUGUGCCACCAUGACUGGCUUUUCCUUUUGAUUUUAAGUUCAGACCAAAAAUUCCAGUCAUCCCCAGGCCCAACCCUUCUAGAGACCCUCCAGCUGGAAACAGCCCAUGUUCAGGGACCCCAUAGUGAGUGGCACAUUCUGGGAAUGAGGCCACCAGGGCACUUGGCCAGACCUCCACAUGGUGCCCCAGCACUGAGCUGGCUCAAUUCCCAUGGGUGGGAGGUGAGAACUGGACCUGGGUCUUAGUUCUUUGCACCAUCAAAUUAGGCCAAGCAUUUGAGUGGAGAAGACCUCUGGGCCUCAUCCCAACCAAGGAGGUUACAGGGUGUGCCAGACCCUGCUCCUGCUCCGCCCCAUCCCACCCUGCCAGCACUUAAGCCACACGACACAAAGUCUGUACCCCGAUACCGCAUGGGAACUGUGCACGUGCCCUGUGGCAUGUGUGGCCUCCCAGGCUGUAGGCAGCCACGUCUGUGAGGUGACUCUUCUACAGAACUUCAGGGACUGGGAGCAAAGCCCCCUCACUCAACUGCGUCUGUGCGACAUAGUAUUGUACCCACCUUAGUAUUGUAUCAGGCCUUUUCUGUAUUUUAAUGAGAGCAAAACACUAGUUUCUUAUUUAAGAUUUUAAGGGUUGUUGGGGCCGGGCGGGAUUGACAUAGUUGGUUUUGUUUUCUUUUUCCUUUGUUACCAUGUGAUGCAUGCUUGCGAGAGAGUGUGUAUGUGUGUGUGUGUGUGUUUGUGUGUGUGUAAAUGUUAAGAGCCUCACAAGUAAAUCAGGCAGUAGGAGGCCAAGGAGGCUUACAGUUCUCUGCUUUAGUCACUUAAUUCCUGAAUGUUUCGGAGAAACAGGAAACAGAAAAUAGCAGAUAACACUUAGGAAAGAAAAUGAACAACAACAAAAAAAAAGAAAAAAAAAAAGAAA